AUGGAUGAAUUAGCUGAGAAAACUCAGAAAACUAAGGUUCUCACUAAGAAGCUGAAGAAUGCUACCCAGGACAUUGCCCAACUUGAUGAAGAGAGAUCUUUAGUAAAAGGAUACAGAGUGUUUUUGGUAAGCGGGGAUUCUACGAAACAAGGGGAAGAUGAGGAAGAAAAGAGAAAGACUGAGACUGAUCGAAAGGAUAACGAAGAUUCCGGAUCAGGAAAAGACAAAGGAAAAGGAAUUUCUAAAGAUGACAACGAAGAAAAUACGAUGAUAUCUGAAUCGGAAAGGAUUGCUAGAGAGAAAUGA